AUGGGGUUGAUGCCUGUAUUUGUAGCCGAUGUCGAUGGUUUUGUGGACUAUGCAAUGACACUAGAACCUUUUCAACUUGAUGGCUUGGUUAAGUGUCCUUGUAGUAAAUGUAAAUGCAAGAAUUAUGAAAAACCUGAUAUUAUUAAGCUUUAUCUAUAUCGAAAUGGGUUUAAAGAAGAUUAUACAGUGUGGACUAGUCAUGGAGAAGUUGAUAAUAGUUUUGUCAGAUCUCAAAACUAUGUUGCUGGUGGAAGUUCUGGGAUGGUGGAACCUGAUGUCCAAAAUUAUAGAAUACACGACAUGAUUCGAGAUGCAUAUAGGAUGUAUUUUGAUUUUGAAUCUGGUGAUCAUAUUGAAGAAGCUCCCAAUGAUGAAUCUAAAUAUUGGAAUAUUCCUCAGGGGACAGUGGAUGCUGUGAUUGACCUUAUGCAUGAAUUAGUUGACCCGAAUCUAGAGAUACCUGAUAAUUUCUACAAGGCAAAGAGGUUGGUGUCAAAGUUAGGAUUGUCGUCGAUGAGAAUCGAUUGUAGUGAAAACGGCUGCAUGUUAUACUACAAGGAUGACAUUGAUCUAGAAUCUUGUAAGUUUUGUCAAAGAGCUCAUUUUAAAAAACCUCCCAGCGGGAAGAAAGUUGUUGUGAAGGCAAUGCAUUACUUACCUCUUAUACCAAGGCUAAAGAGGUUAUUUGCAUCAAAUAGGUCAGCUCCUCACAUGAGAUGGCAUCAUGAAAAUAGAAGACUGCCUGGUGUUAUGUGUCAUCCAUCUGAUGGAGAGGCCUGGAAGUAUUUUGAUAGAAAAUAUCCAGAGUUUGUAGCCGAACCACGAAAUAUUAGGUUGGAUUUAUGUUCCGAUGGAUUCACUCCAUACUCUGUUUCUGCUACACCAUAUUCUUGUUGGCCUGUAUAUUUGACACCAUAUAAUAUUCCACCUGAGAUGUGCAUAACCAGUCCUUAUAUAUUUCUCAAUUGUAGUAUUUCUGGCCCACGUAAUCCAAAAAUCAUGAUUGAUGUAUACUUGCAACCUUUGAUUGAUGAGUUGAAUCAAUUGUGGAUUGAAGGGGUUGAAACAUUUGAUGUGUUGCUUAAGCAAACUUUUAAUUUGCGGGUUGUCUUAAUGUGGACUAUUAGUGAUUUUCCUGCUUACGGAAUGUUGUCCGGGUGGAUGACAGCUGGCAAGAAUAUGAAAAAUGCAUUUAGAAAGAAUACGGUUGAUCGAGACUGUCCACCUCCAAUCUAUACGGGAGAACAAGUUUGGGAGAAGGUUCAGCACUUUCCAAAGGAUACAGAAGAACAAUCGUAUAAAUUUGAUGGCUAUGGUGUAGCACAUAAUUGGACAAAAUAG